AUGUCUACAACCACAUCCCACAGCUCCGCCACCGCGCGCGAUGCCACAAACUACUCCUACGAUCUCAGCAACGCGAUAUACGGCGCUUUCCCCAGCUGCGCGACCGAUAUCUCGCCGCGCAGAUCACGCGCCGCAUCUCCAGCGUCUGCAUCAAAUUCUUCAAAGAAGCGCACAGGCACGAAUACUGCAAACACUGCCACUACCACAAACCGCACACUCUGCCGCCAAGCCAUAAGUCUGCACCGCGAAAACGCGCCCCCAACCUGGCUGCCCGCACCAAACCCCACCAACAAAAGAAGUGCGCUCGCGAGAAGACAGCAAGGACAGCACGGCAUGAAUAUCCAUGCGAGCACGUGCCUCAACCUCAAUGCCAGUGCCGAAGAAGAGAGUUCUGAAGCGGAUCUGUGGAUCUUGCCUGAGCUUGAUGAUUGGGAAGAGGAUGAGACUGAGACUGAGUCUACGAUUCUGACGCCUUCGUCAUCUGCGGAGUUGGACGCCGAGAGACCAGCGACUGGAGGACCGGAGAACAAAUGGGCCGGAGUCUUACGCCGUGCUGCCAACUCGAAUCUUGAACGCCUAAGGACGAGGAUGGAGGGCGAGGGGUGGGAUUUCGUCAAGCCCGCCAAUCAGGACGACGAGGAUUUGGAUGAUGAGGAAUUCGACGUGGUCAUUCUGUCCGAAAGGGCGAGGAAUGAGUAA